ACAGACAUAUUUAAGAUGGAACACUGUGAACCAAUUCCCAAAGCAGCAGCCGCCACCACAACAUCUUCUCCGAAUUCUUCGAUUUUGCUGUCAUCGCUGUCUCCUCCUUUUCCGCCUCCGGCGGUUGUUAUCAGCCCCUGCGCUGCCUGCAAGAUGUUGAGGAGAAGGUGUGCUAAUCAAUGUGUGUUGGCACCUUAUUUUCCUCCUACCGAACCGGCCAAAUUCACCAUUGCUCACCGUGUUUUCGGUGCUAGCAACAUCAUCAAGUUCUUGCAGGAACUUCCCGAAUCUCAAAGGGCUGACGCGGUAAGCAGCAUGGUUUACGAGGCGAAUGCGAGAAUCCGAGACCCGGUUUACGGUUGCACCGGGGCGAUCUGCCAACUGCAAAAACAGAUCAACGAGCUCCAAGCACAACUAGCCAAAGCAAAAGCCGAAGUGACCAACAUGCAAUUGCAACAAGCAAAUCUAGCCGCCAUGCUUUGCAUGGAGAUGGCACAAUCGACGUCUCCUCAACCAAAUCCCCAGCAAUCCAUGGACAUUUUGAUUACCAACAACAACCCAAGCCUCAUUGAAGAUAACAACUUUGGGUCAUUAUGGGAACCGCUUUGGGCAUGAUUUAAUGCUUAAAUUUACUGAGGUCCCAGGAAAACUCUUUCCCAAGGAGAAGUUUAAGGAUAUAUUUAAUAAAGUUAGUUUUAGGGUUAAAAUAUGAAGAAAAUUAAGAUAUACUUAUGGGGAAUUCAUGUCAGCUUAGGGAUCUAAUAUAUGUUUGUUAAGGCUAAAAACGAAUAUUUUACAUGUUUGGGAGAGGAGGAGAAAAUAUGUACCUCAAUUUUCUUUUCAACUAUAAAGUUGUUUAUUUUUUAGGUCA